CUUAUUAAACUUGCCCCGGUGGGUUUACUCGAAACUCUUCUCGUCGCCCUCCCCGUCGACGUUACGUACGCAGAGCCGUGGCGUGCCUGCAAGCCAAAUAACAUGGAGUCCUCUGCCUGGCAUCUCCAAGGGAUCCAAUGCAAAGAGCCGAGCAGCGACUGAAAAAAGCCCCAAGUUGGUCCAUGUCUCCGGCCCGAGCCUCUCUCCGGCAUCGUCGCGGGACGUAAAGCUUCAGCUCCGUCCUCAAACUAUGACGAACGGCGCUUAGGAAAGGCAGCCUUCCCCCCUGUGCGAUCCGCAAACCAGGCCGAUUUCAAAGAGGAUUGACGCUGCACCAUGUAGGCGGGCUGGUCACCAGUGGGACUCCAUACUGCUCUCUGGGGGGGCCAUGGAGCCAGAAGGGCAGCCCCUAACCCCAGGGACCAGCUAUGGGCCCCCAGCCUUUAACUCAGCACAAAACCCGGUCCGCAACUGCACCUUAGAGUCCUCAUGCUCUCCAGAUCCGAUGUCUGGAAAACGCUCGUGGGCUGGAGAUGAGGGCUCGGAGCCGACUGAAGGCCCUCAGCCCACUGUAGAGUCAGGGAGGAGUGCACAGAGGAGAUUCAAGUCCUCAGCCUUCCCUUCCUCCCUAAGCUGGGACUCUGACUCCGAGAGAGAAACGCUAGAUGAGGAGGAGCUACAGAACUUUUCUAACCCUCACGGUCUGGCUGCUCACAGCCCAGGAUCUCCUUCUUCUGGACUCAGACUUGAUUGUGAAGACGACCAAGAACCUGAUGAACUGCAGCACUUCCAUAGUAAGACUGUCACAUCUUCCCCUGUGGAGGGGCACAAGGACAACAGCGAGAGCACAAAAACAGAGGCGCCAAAAGCAUCUCAUCUUGGCCAACCAGAAUUGGCAGACAGCAAAGUCUGGAAUGUAUCAAAGGGAGCAGAGCCAUUUCUGGCCAAAGUAAAACCAAAGGAAGGUUGCCAAAUGGAGGAGGAGGCAGACAACAGUGACGGAGAGAAAAGGCCCAAGGGAAAGGAAACCAAGGAGCCUGAGAGAGAUGUGUACACUUUCCCGGGAGACUCAGACCCAGAGAGUCCCCCUCCUGCCCCCUGGGCCCAUUGCACAUUCAUUCAGCGGUGCAGAAAGAAGAGGGUGCUGCUCAGGCCCUUCUCGGGACUUGGCACCUUAAAGCGCACAUCGCCUGAGACUGGCAAGCUGGCAAGACUGAGUCCUCAAAAAUCCAAAACCGCUGAGACUGUACAGCUGAAUCGAGGGGGAGGGGUGUAUGAUUUUGAGGAGGUUAGCUUUGAGGAGGGAGACGUGGAGCCGAUAAAGUUCAGACACAGAGGUGGGAAAAGAGACAAAGAGGAAGAAGAAAGUGAGGUGGAUCUGGGUAGAGAUAUUUUCACGUGCGUGGAGUGUAGCAUUUACUUCAAAAAGCAGGUCCACUUGCAGGAGCACAUGAUUGAGCACUGUCAGACCGGUGCAGGGGGCGGAAGGCGUGUAGGAAAAGGUGGGCGUUUCAGGUGUGUUGAGUGUGGAUGGAAUCUGCCCAAUCGACUCACACUGGCAGACCACCACAGAAGGCACCAGGAGUCCCGUCUGAAGAUCCUGGAGGAGAUUGAGAAACUGAAUGAAAACGGGAAGGCGAAAGAAAUUGAGACACUGGACAAUAAGGUAGUGAAGCAUAUCAGCACAGACCCAGAACCAGUCAAAUCUCCACCUCUUUCCCCAGCACCAGUUCCUACACCAGACACAGACCCCUCAGUCCUCGACACAAACGCGACUCCACCAAAUUCAGUUCGAACUCCAACUCAGGCCCGAGCCGUCUCUGCCUACCGCCGCCGCUUCGUCUGCACCAAGUGUAACUUCAGCACAAGAACAUCCCAGGCACUGGCUAAUCACUCCAAGACCCACAACAGAAAGAAACUCGUUCUCCAGCCUGACUCUCCAUCUCCCGGUUCACCGUCAAGUUUAGCGUCCACUUCCCUGGCCUGUGGUCACUGUGCCUUCCUGACCUCUAGUCCAACCAUACUGAGGGAACACCAGACGCUUGUUCACCCAGGACAGGCGUCCGUCAGCGGGGCAGAGGACGACGAGACCGGCCAGCGUUCACGGUCCAACGGAGGAACGAGAAGUUCAAAACCCACCAUAGAUUCUGAUUCGGGGUCCCCUCCUGAUGCAGAUCAAGGUAAAACCCAGCAAGGAACCUCUGAGGACAAAACAACACCAGACAGCGCAGCAGCUCGGCCUGCAAGCCAGGAGGUCUACAAGUGUGUUGGGAACAGGAGAUUCACCCGAAGAGGGAAGACUUGGAUGGAUCUGGCCAAGUUUGAUUCCGAGAUGGCUGAUAACAAGCUGGCUGGGAGCGAAGAGGAAGAGCAGGACCAAGAUCAGAGCAGAGAGCUUAGCAGUGAGCUGUCCCAGCAGGAGGCAAAUUCGCCUGUGGGAGAAAAACCACACACCAGAGCACGAACCAACACAGAUGACAGUUCAUCACAGCAGAGUCCUACACUGUUGCUGCCCCCUAAGAAGAGUGUAAAGGACGAGGACAAGCAGGAACUGGAGAAGGAUGGAAAGGUUUUCUUUUUGAGGAGGAGCACCAGGGUUACUGCUGCUCCUGCAGAAAUUGACAGUGAUGAUGAUGACGACGACAUUGACGAGGAACGUGUGCGACGUUUCCUGUCAGAGGGCAUCCUGGAUGAAGACAAAGAUGAGAUUGAUGAGGACACAGAGGCACUGAAGAGUGUGGAGAGGAAAUGCCCCUACUGCCCCGAUCGAUUUCAUAAUGGAAUUGGGCUUGCCAAUCACGUGAGAGGCCACCUGAACCGGGUGGGCGUCAGCUACAAUGUGCGUCACUUCAUAUCCCCCGAGGAGGUCAACGCGAUUGAGAAGAAGUUUUCCUAUCAGAAGAAGAAAAAAAAAGUUGCCAACUUCGACCCAGACACCUUCAGCGUGAUGCACUGCGAGUUCUGCAGCGCCGGCUUCGACACCCGGGCCGGCCUGUCCAGCCAUGCCCGGGCCCACCUGCGAGACUUUGGCAUCACCAACUGGGACGUCACCAUCUCCCCCAUCCACAUCCUGAGGGAGCUGUUCUCCAGCAGGCCCGACCUGGUGAUCCCCACGGCUCCCCCUCGGAGCCUGGGCUCUCCUGAGGAAGAAGAGGAGGACGAAGAGGAAGAAGAGGAAGAGGAGGAAGAGGAGAAAGAGUUUGACAAGGAAGGGGAGGGAAUCAUUGAGGUGAAGCUGGAGGGGGAGACGAGUGAGAGUGCUGCUGUUGCUGAUGCACUGCCUUCAGCAUCUCUACAGUGGAAGAAGAAAGAGGAGCGUGGAGGUGACGAUGAUGAGGAGGCAGCCGAGGAAGACGACGACGAUGAUGAUGAUGAUGACGAGGAGGACUUGCAGCUUUCGGCUCUGAGCUCGAGUCCCGGGAAACCAGGCAACACAGACAGCCUCUCUCCCGGGGAGGAUGCAGACGCCAAGGUCCACAACUUGAAGUGCGAGGUGUGUGACGCUCAGUUUGAGACCAGGCGUGGACUCUCCAGCCACGCCCGCUCUCACCUGCGCCAGCUGGGCAUCACCGUCUCCGAGAGCAGCGGGGCGCCCAUCGCCCUCCUCUACCAAAUCUCCAAGGAGCGAGACGUGGACAGCAAACUAAGCUCGCCACUUCUGGAGCCGCUCGCAGCCAAGAGCUCCCCCCCGUCUAUUUCCCUGAAAGAUGAGGAGCUAGACGACAUGGACUUGGACGAGAAACCCAUCCCCCUCUCCAUCCUGGCCAAAGCAGCGAAAGCAGUGCCACCCUCUUCCUCCUCGACGCCCACACCUUCUCCCGGUGCCUCUCCAGCUCCGUCUCACUCUGGCUCCCCUUCCUCAGUGGUAAAGAAAGCCCCCAUUUCCUCUUUGCUGCCCGUGUCUUCGCCCUUGCGCUCCCCGGAGCACAAGGCUGGGGGAAUGAAAAGCUUGACCAACCUCUCGGCCCCUUCCACCAUCACAACAGCCAAACCCCUCUGGGCACCGCAGGAGAAUGACGCUCCUCUCAACCUCACUCUGGAGGUAGACCCCAACAAGGACAUUGUUUGUCAGCUGUGCGGCGCCUGGUUCGAGACCCGGAAAGGCCUAUCAAGCCACGCACGAGCCCACCUGCGGCACUUUGGGGUGGAGUACUCUGAAUCCAAGGGCUCUCCCAUCGACCUCCUGAAUCAGCUCAUCGAUACCGACGACUUCAAGCACAAAGCCAGUGCGCUGCAGCUCAACAGCCCCACGGAGCCGCGGGGUCUCACCACCACCACCACCACUCUGUCCUCCCCAAAGCAAUCCAUGCUGACGCUCUCUUCCUCUUCCUCUUCAUCACUCCUCUACAAGGUGACCACAACCGGGAGCGGGUCAACAUCCAAAGCUACCUCUUCCUCUGCCUCCUCGUUACUUGGCCCACCUGCCAAGCGUGUCAAGUCCUCUUCCAUGCAGGUCUUCCGCCUCAGUAGUGGGGAGCUCAUGGCACUUCCACACAGUGAACCUCCAAAGGAAAUAGGCUGUGAAUUCUGCGGGGAGUAUUUUGAGAAUCGCAAAGGGCUUUCCAGUCACGCCCGCUCCCACCUGCGCCAGAUGGGCAUCACCGAGUGGUCCGUCAACGGCUCCCCGAUCGACACCCUGAGGGAGAUCAUUACAAGACGGGGCCUGCCUUGCGCCCUUCCUGUAAAACCUCUCAAAACCCCUCCUCCAUCCUCCCCAGGACCCCCUCGUUCCCCUCUGUCGGCCUCCUCGUCUCCCUCAGCCACCCUCCUCAGUCGCCUACCCUUCGCGUUCGCCCGGCCCUCCAGUCCCGCUCAGUCUGCGGCGUCCAAGUCAAGCUCGGCUCCACCGUCGUCCCCGAGUGGGCAGAUUCUCAAGAUGAAACCGGAGCCGGUACAGCUGGAGGUCACCGCACCUGGAACUGUUGGGAGAUCUGGAGGCUUUUCUGCUGAAUCUCUCAACUCCAGCUGGAGCAGCUCUGACAACGUGUUCCCACUCAACUUAGCCAUGGCCCAUGAAGUGGAGCCUACAAGGGAUAUCCGCUGCGAGUUCUGUGGGGAAUAUUUUGAGAAUCGCAAAGGGCUCUCCAGCCACGCCCGCUCCCACCUGCGACAGAUGGGCAUCACCGAGUGGUCCGUCAACGGCUCGCCCAUCGACACCCUGAGGGAGGUCAUGCACAAGAGAGGGGUGGGCGGCUCCUCUCGCUCAGACCAGGGAGUGAAGAAAGAAUCGAGCCAAGGAACCAACAGUCCUCCAUGGGAGACCUCGGGAGGCGCCAGCAGCUCCGAGGGUUUGAUCGUUUCCGGUUACCAGUCCUCUAAAUACCGUAAAUCUCCUCUCAGUUUGCUGCAGUCGGGGUCCAGGCUCCAUAAGCAGGGUUUGGGGUCCGUGGGCUCAUCUGCUACAUCGUCUGCAGGGAAGUUUUUCAGGAUGUCUCCGCUGGGUAAAAGGCCUUUGUCUGAGGAGGCCCAGUCGGUGGAGGCUGCCCACUCGUCACCACAUCAGCUCAAAACUUUCUCGCCCCUUCCACAUGAUUUCUCCUACAAAAGAAAACCCUCUCCAGACAAGCACGGACACCAAGAUCCCAGUUGUGAACUGUGUGGCUUCUACUUCGAGAACCGUAAGGCUUUAGCCAGCCACGCGCGAGCCCACCUGAGGCAGUUCGGUGUGACUGAGUGGUGUGUAAACGGAUCACCUAUUGAGACGCUGAGCGCUUGGAUGCGCAGCAGGCCUCAGAAGGUGUUGGAGAUGCACCGGAGCUACAUGCAGGGUAACCGUUCAACCCUCAAGAAGAAGAGCAGCUCACCUCUCACUGCGUCACUGGAUUCUGAUCAUGUCCUCCCAAUCUCAUCGCAGAAGGCCUCCUCUUCCUCCUCCUCCUCCUCUCAGUGGUCUUCUUCUCUGGCUGUCAGCCUGGUGCGGCCACUGAGCCAUGAGGUCAGCCAGGGCUCUUCCAAGACCGCAGAGGGAGAAGCCGGUACCAACUUCCAGGCCGUUCCCAUCAGAGCCGGUCGGAGCAGUCCCAGCCUCUCGCGGCUCGGCGGCGGCCUCCCGCUUCAAGCACAGGUGGCACGCAGCGAGCUGAACGUCCGCCUGCCCAGAGGUUUUGAGCGUCGGCCCUUGAAGCACCCGUCUUGUCCAGAUGGAACGGAGAGGGACAGCGGCCCUCCUAAACCCCCGCGCACAGGCACCGUGCCCGCCCUGGUGCCCAAACCUCCAUCCUACCCGCUGGUCAAGCUGGUGGGCAAGUUCUACACCUUGAAGUGCCGGUUCUGUGAGGUGGAGUUCCACGGGCCGCUGUCGGUGCAGGAGGACUGGAUCCGACACCUCCAGCAGCACAUCCUCAAGAUGAACUACAACAAGUCUGCUGCUCCCAAAGCAGCCGCCACUGACCCCCCCGCUGUGGCCGACGACCCGGCCGUGGUCCAGGCCUCGACCCCGGCCUCCACCUCUACCUCCAGAACCACCUCUACCACCCCGACCCGCACUACAGGUCCCAAGAGCCGCUCCCCCACGCAUCAGGCCGAGUGUGCUGCCGCCGUCACUGCCACAGAGAUAGUCCAGGUCCCAGAGGAGCAGCCCACCCUCACUCCCAUCCCCCUGCCCACCCAGACGACGUAAGCUCAGACCCAUCGCCCAUCGUCAACACGCCCACUCUUGGCUUUUCUUUUUUUCCGGUUUCUAUUCAUCCACCUGUUCCUUUCCUUUGGCCUUCACAAAGUGUUGUUCAGGAGGAGCGUUCUCCCUCCAAAGAGCCCUCUGAGCCCAAGCACCUUUGAAGCAGCUUUGUAGACUGUUACUAAGUCCCGUUACCAUGGGAACGAAGCUCUCCUGGCUUAUCGACGCUCCGGGGAUGAGUGAUUACGGGAGGUUAUGAGGAGAGAUGAACUAAUGUUUUGUGUUUGCCUUGUUUUUAUUGAAUGUCCAUGUGUUACCAUGGACUCUUACUGUACCUCUCCCAUUUAUUGGGUGAUUUAGGGGUUAAUGUAGCCCUUUAUCAGACUUUAACCUCCCGUCUUCUACAGCUAUUCCCCACCUUCCCCCUUACGAGCAGCGCAUUACUUAGACCCGAGAGAUGUUGACCUUUUUGAACCAGUCUGCUGGUGGUGGAGGCUCCAGUCUGUCACUGAAGGGUCCUGACUGAGAUUAAACGACGUUUCUAAUCAUUCUAGUCUUGUGGUUGAGACUUUAAACAUGUAACACUUAGUGUUAAAAAAAGAGGCACUUUUAAUGUUGACAUUGUCACUCAGCACUUAAUGAAACACCCAUUUAAAUGGGUUAAUGUGGACUGACGCAGACUAAUUCCGAUUGGAGCAAGAAGUGGAAGCACACACGAAAAGGGAAAACCCCCCUAGUUAACUUUAUAAUGUAAUACUGUCCCCCUACAUUUACAUUUUUUUGCUUGAAUGUAGCUUAAAGCACCUAAUAAUCCUUAUAUGCACACAUUCAUACACAAUCAAACGUUUGGCCCAUCCUACGAUCGCAUUGAUGUUUCUGCUGUUGUGUUGAAGGCACAGUUGCUUUUUUUAGUCUUUGAGAUUUGAUAAGUGGGGCCACAGCGGUCGAGGUUACACAUUGCAGUUUUUAUCUAGUCACAGUGUUGCCAUUUUUCCUUCCUGCCUUUUUUCAAUGUAACCCAAAUUAUUUAUUUAUUAUUUUGCAUCUGAAUGUGGUAAGCUAGGUCAUUUAAAAGCUAACGUAUAACUUAGGAAUGUGUGAAAAUAGGUCAGCGGACAAUGCGAGCGUGGCUGUUAGUUUGUAUGUUUGUGUACAUACAUAGCAAAACGUGCGUUUUGUUUCCCAUUUGAAAGACAGUAAAGUAAACCUGCUUGAUAGGAAGACGCCUCCUUAGCUCAGACUGAACUAAACGUGGGAGCCCGUCUGUCUGUUUUAGUCUGAUCAGGACUUAAAUGCAUCCAUCGUCAUGUUAGGAUGUGCCAAAGAGUCUGUUUACUUCGUUGUCUUGCCUCUGUAAAAGCUGUUUACAUUGGACCUGAUGGUGGAGGAAACUGCACAGCUACCGAGUUCCCCGAGGCCCCCACACCCAACAACGGACCGAACCAGCGGUGAUCUGCAUCCACUCCACGCACCGCUGACUUCCCCCUGUUUUAAAGACUCGGGCUACUGGAGCGGCUGCCUGGGACUCACGUUGUUACUGUAGGGUUAGAUUAUUCCAAUUAAACACAAACCAAACUCGAUUUCAAGCAGGGGCUCCUGAGAACUGUCAGCCCUCAGUCCAAAUAGACAGAAACACAUCUGACCUCGGCCUCCUGAGGCUGAAGUCUGGUUCUUUCCGGUUCUUUUUACGUUGCUUCGGCGUGUUCAUAUCAACCCAGAGCUGAAGCGUUCCCUAAAGGGUCCAUGUAGGCUGGUAACCUUUUCAGAGUUUGUUCCGGUGUCGGCCAUGUUUGACUGUUCGAUCCAAACCCCGACCCUUUUAUGGAAUAUAGAUACAUACUAUAUAACUACAUGUACUUAAGAGGCUGUUGAUGCUAGUAGAGCCAUCAACAGUUCUAUUAGCGAGGUAGUCGAAAAAGAAGUGAUCUUAAUUCCUCUGUCGUGAUUUUUGAUUUCGACAUUUGAUGCUAUGUAUUUUUUAUUGCUCUGUGCAUUUCUGUAUUUGCAGUCCCGCAAGGUGAACCUUAGAGUAUUUUUUAUUUUAUCUGUUAGUCUCUCCGAGCUGAAACAUUUUGGUGCUGGUGAGAAUGUUGCUGGUCGGGAGCCGGUGAGUGACUGAAUGCGAGGGUAACAUUUUAAUGUGAUUGUCACGUCCUGGUAUCAAAGGACUCUAAUAAGCGGGCCUUAAAGGGGACCACUUUGCAUGGUGAGAUACGAGCCUCCCUCUCUGCAGCCACAGAGCAACACAUGCUGUCGCCUCUUAGGGGUUUGAAUCGGAGGCCGGAGCGGUUAGAGUUCCCCUUUAGGAUGGCCUGAUCAAGCCUCAGCUGGUGUGACCGGCUGUUUUGCGUGGAUGUGUGCAUGUGUGAGCGUACGAGUGUGUAAAAAAGACGGUGAGAUGACAAUGACAACUAAGAAGAAAAAGAUGCAGUCGAAGAAAGAACUGUACUGUACACAAAAGGGUUAAGUUUUAAGUGAAUCAACUCCAGAACAAACAAUAAAUGUGAUUUCAACUUA